AUGUCGGCACCUAACGUUGGUCCCCAGGCACCGAGUAGCGCUCAUGAUCUGGAGAGCCAGCACUCUUCUGAGAGAAGUCCGCUGUCGAACUUUGGUUUCUUGAAAAACCUCGGUCUCGACAAGAAGCAAACAAAAGAUGGAGCAGCCCCCAAACGACGUGGGCCCAAGCCCGACAGCAAACCUGCUUUGACCCGCAGACAGGAAUUGAACAGACAAGCUCAGAGAACACAUCGAGAACGCAAGGAGAUGUACAUCAAGGCUCUCGAACACGAAGUACUUCGCCUCAAGGAACUCUAUGGAUCGAGCGUCUCCGAUCGUGACGCCGUUGUCAAUGAGAACAAGCGUCUCAAGGAACUUCUCUUGGCCCAUGGCAUCCCACUUGACAGUCUGCAAUCGCUCCCAGCGAUGCGCGGCAUGCCUGCCUCUUACAACGGCAGCUCCAGCGGCAGCAUCUCCGGUAGCUACCGUCAAGACUCGAGUACUGCUGGCUUCAGUCCUCCUCCUCUUCGCUCCCACGAUUCUCAGCCAAUGGCUAGCGCAAGUCAAUUGCCCGCCCAACAUCUGGAUUACGACCAGAUCGGUAUUGACUUUGUUUUGACGCUCGAACGGCCCUGUAUGGAUCACAUGCAAUACCUUGUAGUCCGCUCACACAACCCUGAGGGACAGCCAAUUCACCAUCCUAUGGAGAGGCCUGACGACGCAGAGUACGAGCACAUGUGCGGCCACGCAUUGAUGGCGACGUGUCCUCCGGCGUCACACAUCAUGAACAAGCCCGGAGACCCAUACGGUCACAGAAUGCCUGAUCUCAAGGCUCCAGACCUCAUGAAGCUGUUGGACCUCAGCGCUCAGCUGCCCCUCGAGGGUGAACUCACGCCCGUCAUGGCGUGGAUGCUGCUUCUGCAGGACAGCAGAGUUCCGCAGAUGACGGCUCAGGACUUUGAGCUUGUCAAGGCUGACCUCGCUGGAAAGGUUAGAUGCUACGGCUUUGGAGCCGUGUUGGAAGAGUUCGAGGUGCGUGAUGCGCUCAGCAAUCUCUUCAUCGCAAAGGAGAACGUGUCUGUUGCCCAGGUUCCCAUGCCUCAACAGAUCGAGGUGUAUUGA